GAGGAGGAGGAGGGAGGACAAUUUCCUUUCUGUAACACACACGCUACAUGAACACACCGGGAAAACGGAGCGAGCACAGAAAAUAAUAAGCCAAAGAGAGAGAGAGAGGGAAAAGGAGGGGGGGCGAAGGAAACACCGCAGCCUCUGAGUCCGUCCGUGCGUCCGUCCUUUGGUUGUUUUUUUUUUUUUUUUUUUUUUUUUUUUUGAGGGGGGGGAAUUUGUUUUUUUUUUUUUUUUUUUUUUUGGCGUUACGCGCAGACUUGCGGACUAACAUGGGAAGAGAGCUCCUGAGGAGGAUUGACUUUCAGUGAACCUCUGCUCUGUGGCUAACAGGGAGGGAAAAGGCGACAGGGAAGACAUGUUGAGGGGUUUUUUCGUCUUGAGGUUGCGGUAGGCUGUUCAUGUUGUGCUCUUAAAGAAACACGGCUCUGGAAGAGGGGUUAAAAAAAAAAGAGGGCAAAUGGAAACUGGGCGGUAGACUGAGCUCUGGAGCCAUUGUGUUGAUCGGUGUUUGUUUAAUUGGUUUGUUAUGAUCUGAAAUAACGUAGGCCUCUGAGGCAGCCCCGCAGUAAAUAAAUACACGGUCAGCAGACAGAGGGGCUUCAUAGCUGGAAAUUAGCCCGAUAAACCUGCCUUGUGUCGAAAGGGACGCUUAGAAUUACGCGGCGUGAGUGUUAAAAACAAGGGCAAUUUGGCGAUUUUGGUGUGGUUUUUAUUUGAAUCCAGAAAGCCGAAACAUUUCCAGAUACAUCAACUCUUCAGGGGCUCAAACAAAAGGCCCAGUAUUAAUAAAAUACACAGGGAACGCCGCUUGGCUUCGAAAGGCUGAUUUUAAUCCUCCGUCCGGUUUUUACGCACAGAGGUGCUCAGUAUUACUUCAGCUGAAGGAAGGGAACAAACCAAGAUUUUUAAAUGUUAAUGUCGACCGACGUUGCAUCCAUCAUGCUGCCCGUGUCCCGCGGUCUCAUCGACCGGGACAGAGAGCUGGACUCCAUGGCCGGGGUGCAUCCUAACCCGGGCGGCGCUCCCGCGGCGGUGCGGGGCAUGAAGCGCGGAGACCCGGAGCCCGACGCGCAGACGGCGGCCGCUCUGGUGGACUCGGCCGGCGCCGAGUGCAAGCGUCCCCGCAUCGACGGCACCGGAGGGAUCGGCGAGGUUGGCCAGAACAACGAUCCUUUGACUCUCGGUUAUCAUGGAUACCCGUCUCAUAGCCAGGGCUCUCAGGAUAGUGCUGGCGGUCAGGAGGGACUCGUGCCCCCACCUUUCUCCGCGUUCCCGCCUCCCCCUCCGCCGCCGCCCCAGAAUGGCCUGGCCCUGGAUUACGGGGGCAGCCUGUACGCGGCGGGCGCCGUCCAGGGCCCCGUGGAAGCCGGUGGAGCGGCGAACAGCGCGGCCAACGCCGCAAACAGCCUCAGUGCCCAACAGUCAGACGGAUCCUCCCAGAUUGACGGUCAGUCUGGGAUCGGCUCGGGGGGAGGGGGAGGCGGCGGGAGUGCCGGGGAUGACUCAGACGCCAAGGGGACCCCCAAACGCCUCCACGUGUCGAACAUCCCCUUUCGCUUUCGAGACCCUGACCUACGGCAGAUGUUCGGGCAAUUUGGCAAAAUCCUGGAUGUGGAGAUCAUUUUCAACGAGAGGGGUUCCAAGGGCUUCGGUUUUGUAACGUUCGAGUCGAGUGCCGACGCAGAGCGGGCCAGAGAGAAGCUGCACGGCACGCUGGUGGAGGGCCGUAAAAUUGAGGUCAAUAACGCCACGGCCAGAGUGAUGACGAACAAGAAGAUGACCACGCCGUACUCCAAUGGAGAGGGCCUCGCAGCACUACCAUAUGCUGGCUGGAAGUUGAGUCCCAUGGUUGGAGCCAUGUACAGCCCUGAGCUCUAUACAGUGCCAGGGUUUCCUUACCCCGCAGCAGCAGCUGCCGCCUCCACAGCUGCAACCUUUCGAGGCGCUCAUCUCCGGGGUCGUGCUCGGCCGGUCUACAGUGCAGUCAGGGCAGCUGUCCCACAGCCUGCCAUCCCCACCUACCCCGGUGUGAUGGCCUAUCAGGAUGGUUUUUACGGUGCAGCUGAUCUCUAUGGUGGCUAUGCAGCAUAUCGUUACGCCCAGCCGGCUGCAGUAGCGACUCCUGCGGCGGCGGCGGCUGCAGCGGCGGCGUACAGCGACAGUUACGGACGAGUUUACACGGCAGACCCCUACCAUGCUGCGCUGGCCCCGGCUGCCUACGGUGUUGGAGCCAUGGCCACACUGUACAGAGGAGGCUACAGUAGAUUCGCCCCUUAUUGAAGACACUUCAUUUCCCAGGAGCUCCUCUCUUCCAUUGAAUUACUCUGAAAGAGCUCCCCCUGUUGAAGUGGAGGUUGACUUGCACCCAGUUUUAAAGCGUGGAGUCAUCCACAAACAACAUAUUUCACAUCCCACCCCAGAACAGUCCCACAUUUUCUUAUAUACGCUACUACCGAAAUAGAGGAAUGCUGUAUUAAAGACUGAAGGAUGGCCUUUGAGUAAUUCCAAGAAAAAAAAAGAGAAAUGGAAAGAAAAAAAAAAAGACUUUAAAUGGCCACCUUCACUAUUGCACGGCUGUAUCAUAGUCUCCCCUAUCUUUUUCCCUCGGCACUCAGCAGCACAAGAUUUGGGACAGCGCCCAGAAGUUCUUCCAAAGUCUGUAUACGUGGAUGACUGACAUUUGAGCAGCUGUCACUCCUGUGAGGGAAAGAGCCCAACCACGUGUGGCGAACACACACUCUGCAUUUAAGG